AGCCACAACAGGGCGCAAAAAAUAACGGACACGAGGAAAAACACACACACACACACGCUUUCUCUUCUGCUUCAAACGCUACUCCAAUGUCUACCUUUCAUUUAUCUUCACUCUCUUCUUCUUCUUCUUCUUCUCCUUUUUCUUACUAUUAACUUAGCUUACCAUCAUUACCAUUAAACUAUAUUGAAUAACAUUUCUUUUUACCAAAUUACGCCGCCAUUUUUACAAGCCAAAUGGCUACUCUAGCUGCUGUAAUUUCCGCUUCUGCUACUACGGCGUCGUCUUCGAUAAAGCCUACCUAUUGCUUUCUGCGAAAAUCAUGGGAGUCGAAAACGGCGAAAGGGAAAGAAGUGAGGGUGAUAGGGAAUUUUAGUCAUUUUGGAGAAACGGUGCAUAAGGAUUUUGAGUUUAUAAAGAAAGGAGUUAGUAAAGGAGUUAACUGGGCAAAUGAGGCAUUUAAAAUUCCGCAAGUUUUUAAAACCCUAGAUGACUUUUUGUGGCUGAAGAAUCUUGAAGAUCCUCAUGCUUCUCCUUUGGAGCCUCUGUCCUGGCCUCACCCUUCUUAUCCAGGACUUACUGGAAUGGAUUUAUUCAUGGCUGAUCUCAAAGCCUUGGAGGCAUAUGCUAGCUACUUCUACUAUCUAUCUAAGCUUUGGUCCAAACCGCUUCCCGAAGUCUAUGAUCCUCAAGAUGUUGCUGACUAUUUCAGUUGCAGGCCUCAUGUAGUGGCUCUUCGACUUCUUGAGGUGUUUUCAGCCUUUGCUUCUGCCACAAUCAGGAUCCGUGCCUCUGGGAUGAGAAAGUUCUUACAGCCAAAUUCAGAUAGAGAUGUAAAUGGGAACAUCUCACAGUACAAUUUUGGGGUGGUAUUAAAAGAAACAAUGCUAAACUUGGGUCCUACUUUUAUCAAAGUUGGUCAGUCCCUCUCUACAAGACCAGAUAUAAUUGGUACUGAAAUCUCCAAGGCACUUUCUGAGCUGCAUGAUCAAAUUCCUCCUUUUCCUAGGACCAUGGCUAUGAAAAUUGUUGAGGAAGAAUUAGGUUCUCCUGUUGAAUCCUUCUUUAGCUGUAUCUCUGAGGAACCUGUAGCUGCAGCAUCAUUUGGUCAGGUAUACCGUGCAAACACGCUUGAUGGCUGUAAUGUUGCUCUGAAAGUUCAGCGACCAAAUCUGCGCCAUGUGGUAGUUCGAGAUAUCUAUAUACUCCGCCUUGGGUUGGGACUGGUGCAAAAGAUAGCAAAGAGAAAGAAUGAUCUUCGUCUCUAUGCCGAUGAGCUUGGAAAAGGUUUAGUUGGGGAACUGGAUUACUCUCUAGAGGCUGCCAAUGCCUCCAAGUUUCAGGAUAUUCAUUCCUCCUUUAAGUUCAUGCACGUUCCAAAAAUAUAUCAUCAUUUGACUCGAAAGAGAGUUCUGACAAUGGAGUGGGUAGUUGGUGAGAGUCCAACUGAUUUACUCUCUAUAUCUGCUGGCAAUGCUGUUGAUCAUGGUUAUGCAUAUUCAGAAAGGCAGAAAACUGAAGCAAAAAGGCGGCUACUUGAUCUGGUUAGCAAAGGAGUGGAAGCAUCGCUAGUUCAGCUGCUUGAAACCGGCUUGUUGCAUGCUGAUCCACAUCCUGGAAACUUGCGUUAUACAUCAUCUGGACAAUUAGGGUUCCUGGAUUUUGGUUUACUUUGCCAAAUGGAAAAGAAGCAUCAAUUUGCUAUGCUUGCUUCUAUAGUGCACAUAGUAAAUGGGGAUUGGGAAUCUCUUGUUCGUGCUCUUAUUGAAAUGGAUAUUGUAAGGCCAGGGACCAAUCUUCGGCGGGUUACAAUGGAACUGGAAAAUUCUUUGGGCGAAGUGGAAUUUAGAGAUGGAAUUCCUGAUGUCAAGUUCAGCAGGGUUCUCAGCAAAAUAUGGUCUGUGGCGCUCAAAUAUCAUUUCCGCAUGCCGCCAUACUACACUCUUGUUCUACGCUCUCUUGCAUCACUGGAAGGUCUGGCUGUAGCUGCAGAUCCAAAUUUUAAGACAUUUGAAGCUGCAUACCCCUAUGUUGUCAGAAAAUUACUCACUGAAAAUUCCAAUGAAACAAGGAGAAUUUUGCAUUCGGUGGUUUUGAACAAAAGGAAAGAGUUCCGGUGGGACAGGCUUGCUCUUUUCCUAAGAGUAGGAUCAACUAGGAAAGUCUUGAACAGAGCAAUAGCACCAAAGAGUGAAAGCUCCUUUGAUUAUUUAACUAAUAGGUCAUCUGGUGGUGUUUUUGAUGUUGCACACUUAGUUUUGCUGCUGUUGCCAUCCAGAGAUGGUAUUGCUCUUAGAAAACUUUUAAUGACUGCAGAUGGAGCUUCGCUAGUCCGAGCAGUGGUUUCUAAGGAGGCAGUUUUCUUUAGACAGCAACUUAGCAGGGUCAUUGCUGACUUGCUAUAUCAAUGGGUGGUUAAAACUCUUGGGAUAGGCAAUAAGGCAACCAAGUAUAGUUCUCAAGUAAGAUUGACAAGUGAGCUUGACAACAAAGAGCUAGGUCCAUCUUCCAAUUUAUCCAUGUCCAUGUAUGAUUAUCAAUCCAUCUUCCAAGAUCGACGGCUCAAAGUGAUCUUUUCGAGGAUAUUAAAUUCAGCCAUGAAAAAUCCAGUACUAAUGCUAAAACUUUGCUGGACUUCAGUUGUUAUGGUUGUUGCUGCUUCCGCUCUGGCUUGUCAUCGAGUUUUGGUAUCUUUAUCAGAAAUCUACAUUGCCCCUUUUUCACUUGCUCGCAAGGAGGUGGCACUUAGUGCCUGAAAUCCUUUUCUGAUGCUACAGAACCCCUCUUCUGAAGAAGAAAGAAUGGCUGGCACAUAGAUUUCAUUGUCGACAGUAAUACUCUAUUUGGCAGUCAAAAGAUGGAGAUCUUCUUCAUAUUGGAUACUAAUACAGAAAUUUGGAAUUUCCAGCUUGAGUCAGAUCAGAGAACAAGGCUGCACAUACUAUACUGUUUUUAAUACUGCAGCUCCUUUAAGGUGAGCUUUAUAUAGUUUCAUGCCAAAGUUCCUAAAAAGGAAGGAAGUGGUAGCUUGUGGAGUGCAUAAGGAAGAAUUGUAUAAAAUAAUAAUACCAACUUCACCCAAAAUCUUAGAUACCUGUUUUACUUCUGUAGUUGUGAUAUGGUGUAAGAGGCUAAUAGAUAAUGAAUGCCUCUGACUUUGUAUCAUAGGGCAUCUUGUAAAGCCAGAGCUGACCGUAGAAUAGUUAAGAUAUUAGUUUUGAGUUGCUAUCUUAGCACUCCCAUCUAUUUCUAACAUUAAAUCUAUGGUUCUCCAUGCUGUUUCUUUCAGUUGUAUGACCCUCAAGUGAACGAAUAUACGGAAAAAUCCUUGCCUAUUUCAA